ACUUUCCAUGGAAUUACAUAUAGUUCCAAUGAAAAUUUAAAGAGUAAAAUUGACAGAAAAUAAAAACAUUUUUUUUUUGCAGAGAAACACAGCAGCAGCCAUGGCAGCUCGCAAAAGAGCUUCAGCAAAGCCAAUGCCUCCUCAAACGCCAGAAACAACCAUGGCCCAAAUCGACCCGCCUAUCGCUCCACCUAAGAAAUCCUUAAUCUUUAAUUCUGCCUUUUCUUUUCAAUCCCAUUUUUACCUUCUUUACCAACACUACAAUAUCGAGCAAGACCUCAGGAGAUCUAUCCUCAUCAAUGCCGCCCUUUGUGUCGCCGGCUUCUUCCUUACACAGAGAAUGAUACCUGUUGCUUCUAGAUAUGUUUCGAAACGCGGUUUAUUUGGAUUUGAUAUUAACAAGAAGGGUACCCCUCAAGGCAAUGUUAAAGUGCCUGAGUCAUUGGGAAUCGUUGUGGGCAUUGUUUUCUUGGUUUUGGCUAUUUUGUUCCAGUAUUUUAACUUCACAGCAGAUUCGAAUUGGCUCGUUGAGUAUAAUGCAGCCUUAGCAUCCAUCUGCUUCAUGAUUUUACUUGGCUUCGUAGACGAUGUCCUGGAUGUUCCUUGGAGAGUGAAACUAGUAUUACCGUCAAUUGCUGCACUUCCAUUGUUGAUGGCCUAUGCUGGACAUACAACUAUCGUCAUUCCAAAGCCUUUUGUUUCAUAUGUUGGGCAAGAGGUGUUGGUUCUAGGAUGGGUGUACAAAUUAUAUAUGGGGCUUUUGGCAGUAUUCUGCACAAAUUCCAUUAAUAUUCAUGCUGGUUUGAACGGCCUUGAAGUCGGGCAAACAGUUGUGAUUGCGUCAGCUAUUGUGAUGCAUAACUUGAUGCAAAUUGGAGCAUCUGCAGAUCUUGAGUACAAACAAGCUCAUGCUUUCUCUAUUUAUCUUGUGCAACCCUUAUUAGCCACUUCCUUGGCUCUACUUUCCUACAACUGGUAUCCUUCGUCAGUUUUUGUUGGGGAUACAUACACAUACUUUGCUGGAAUGACCAUGGCUGUAGUUGGAAUUCUGGGACAUUAUAGUGAAACACUCCUGAUUUUCUUUCUUCCUCAAGUGUUAAACUUCCUCUUGUCACUUCCUCAGCUUUCUGGCUAUGUCAAAUGUCCCCGUCAUCGUCUUCCAAGGUUCAAUCCUGAAACCGGACUACUUACUGGAACACGUGACGGGACACUCAUAAACUUUUACCUGAGAAUAGUUGGGCCAAAAUCGGAAAAGUCACUUUGUAUCCACCUCCUCUUUGUUCAGGCCCUAGGAUGCUGCUUCUGUUUCAUGCUGAGAUACUUCCUGGCUGGUUGGUACAAAUAAGGUAACGACAUUAAGAAGUGCAAAAUGCUUUUGUUAUACGGGUUUUUGGCGUAGAAUAAUUUAGCGAACACGAGAAUAUGUUUUUCUGCCGAAACAAAUGAGCUUCUAUCUUGACAACUUUAUGAUGAAUGCUGACAAAGUUUUUACUUUCAUGAAUUUUUCAUUUUAUAUAAUGUCAUUGUCACAUGAAAAUUUACAUUUUGUGGAAGAUAUUAGAUUCUGAGAAUCCAAUACUUAAAUACCGUACGUUUUUGGAUUGGCAGGUUCAACUAGUUGAUGUAGAAGCUGAGGCAAUGCCGUGUUGGAAACUGUACAUUGGUUGAGAUACUUUCAACAACAUUUUUAUUAUAUAUAUAUACUCAGUUACACAUAUAUUGAUAUGGAAAUGCAGAAUAGGAUUGGGGGUUGCUAUUUGCAAUAUUUUAAAUGAUUAUUUCGACCAGAACUCCAUGGUCGAGUAACAAAAAUA